AACGGAGCUGCCUCGACUAUCGUCAGUCGCACCGGUUACUUGGCAAACGGUCCUGUCGGCCCACUCCGCUGCCCUCGACACCGCCUCGCCGCCUCAGCCGCUUCGGAAAGGACGCAGUCAGCUGGACCGCAUCCUAUAGGAUUUCACCGAUCCCGACGCGACUGUCACGGCACAACAGCCUGGACCGGGCUUCGAUCCCUCGAGGCGGCUGCAGCGUUCACUGUUGCGACUUGUCCCCACCUGGUGAGCCCAUGGGUCGCACGUCGAUAGCGGGGCCCCCUUCGUCCGAGGGGGCCCGCGAGGCAGAGCGCGUCGUCUCCUCCUCGGCCACCAAUGGCGGCGCCUCCAUGAACGGUGGUGACAGGGAUUCAGUUGCCAUGGAGCCGCCGUGCGACGCGCAAGAGCGCCAGCUCGUCGCGUCCAUCGCACGCGACUACCGAUCCAUGCUCGAGAAGCUGGGCGAGAACCCGGACCGCCAGGGCCUGCGCCGGACGCCCGAGAGAGCCGCUAAGGCCAUGCUCGCCUUCACCUCCGGAUAUAGCCAGGACGUUAGAGAGGUAGUCAACGAUGCCGUGUUCCUGGAGGACCACGACGAAAUGGUCAUCGUUAAAGACAUCGAGAUGUUCUCGCUAUGCGAGCACCACUUAGUGCCCUUCAUCGGAAAGGUGUCCAUCGGGUACCUGCCCAACAAAAAAGUGCUGGGCCUCAGCAAGCUGGCCAGGAUCGUGGAGGUGUUCAGCAGGAGGCUGCAAGUACAAGAGCGGCUAACCAAACAAAUUGCGAUGGCAGUAACAGAAGCAGUCGGCCCUACUGGUGUCGGAGUGGUGAUACAAGCAACGCACAUGUGCAUGGUGAUGCGUGGCGUGCAGAAGGUGUCCAGCAAGACCAUCACGAGCUGCAUGCUGGGAGUGUUUCGGGAAGACCCCAAGACUCGCGAGGAAUUCCUCAAGCUCGUGCUCGGAGGCCAGUGAAAAGAAAA